UGCAGGACUCCAUAGAAAGAGCCUCUGCCACGCUAAGCCCAUUGCUCUCAUGGCCCUGAAGAUGAUGGAACUUUCAGAAGAGGUGCUGACACCUGAUGGAAGACCAAUUCAGAUGAGGAUAGGCAUUCACUCAGGUUCUGUGCUCGCUGGAGUUGUUGGGGUAAGAAUGCCACGAUAUUGCCUGUUUGGAAAUAAUGUCACUCUGGCAAGCAAAUUCGAAUCAGGAAGUCACCCUCGGCGCAUCAACGUCAGCCCUACCACUUACCAACUGCGUGUUCCUGGUGACUAUGCCAGCUUGGAGAUUUGGAUGUGAUGGACUGGGGAUCCUGGAGCACUCCUUGCUGAGGCUUCCCUGGUGGGAUGUCCGCAACUACACUGGGUGCAGUCCAGGCUGUCUGUGCAGAGGGUGCCCUGGCAGGACAACUGCAGUGGAAGUGGAUGCAAGAUGAGGGAUCCUGGGGAUCUCUGCACCAAGGAUGGCCAGAAGCCAUUCAGUCAGCCCUCAGUCCUGCAGGAGGAAUUGCUCUGUAAGUAGGAAAUGCAUGCCAGAAUGUACCCUCUCGC